AUGGCCACCAGCAGCCCGCAGCUCGUGAUGCUCGUGUCGUGUUUGGCCGCCCUUGCCGUCGCCGCCGGCGCCGGGGAAGUGGAUGGUAGGCCAAAGGCCCGCGGGUUUGUGACGGCGAGCGGGGCGCGGUUCAUGGCGGGCGGGCGGCGGUUCUACGCCGACGGGUUCAACGCGUACUGGCUCAUGUACAUGGCGUCGAACCCCGCGGACCGGAGCAAGGUGGUGGACGUGCUGGAGCAGGCGUCCCGCCUCGGCGCGACGGUCGUCAGGACCUGGGCCUUCAGUGACGGCCAGGGCAGCGACCGGCCGCUGCAGAUCACCCCCGGCGUGUACAAUGAGCAAGUGUUCGUGGGACUAGACUUCGUAAUAGCGGAAGCGAAGAAACGAGGGAUCUACUUGAUCCUGAGCUUGGUGAACAACAUGGACAGCUUUGGCGGGAAGAAGCAGUACGUGAAGUGGGCGCGAGACCGGGGCCACUACCUUGGGUCCAACGACGACUUCUUCUCUGACGCGCUCACCCAACAGUUCUACAAGAACCACAUUAAGUUUUUCUUUUUGCGAGAUAUGCACCGUAUAUACGUCAUAUCAUUGUGGUUAUAUGUGUUUGUGGAACAGAGGAUGAUCACGCGAGUAAACACCUUCACGAGGGUGGCGUACAAGGACGAGCCGACCAUCUUCGCGUGGGAGCUGAUGAACGAGCCUCGCGUCCCGAGCGACCUCUCCGGAAAGACAAUGGAGCGCUGGGUGGCGUCGAUGUCCGCGUACGUCAAGUACGUCGACCCCAAGCACAUGGUGGAGAUUGGCAUGGAAGGGUUCUACGGCGAGUCCACGCCGGAGCGCAAGCGGUUCAACCCGGGGCAGGGGUACACCGCCGGCACCGACUUCGUCUCCAACAAUCGCAUCCCCACCGUCGACUUCGCCACCAUCCACGUCUACCCCGACCAGUGGAUGCCGGGGUCGAGCAGCCAGGCGCAGGUGGAGUUCACCAAGAGGUGGAUGGCGUCCCACAUCGAGGACGCGGGGAAGGCGCUGCGGAAGCCGCUGCUGGUGGCGGAGUUCGGCUGGUCCGCGCGCUCCGGCGGCUACACGGUGGCGGCGCGGGACGGCUACUUCCGCAUGGUAUACGACGCCAUCUACGCUUCCGUGAAGGGGAACGGGCCGUGCGCCGGGGGGCUCUUCUGGCAUGUCAUGGCGCCCGGGAUGGAGAGCUGGACGGACGGCUAUGACGUCGUGUUCGAGCGCAGCCCCACCACCGCCGCGGUCGUCUCGCAGGAGUGCGCCAAGAUCGACAGAUUCACGCCCGCUGUCUAGCUUUUUUGUGAUAGUGGCACAUGCAUGUGUGUGGAGGAAUCGAAGACUCACGAGCCCAUUGGAUUGGAAUUAUUUACAUCGGGUUGCUAAUGAAUAGAAGAGCGCUAGGCGUCCGUGGGACGGCGGGCCAACAAAUCGUCCCUCUCCUCAGCCCUAAUCCAAGUUAUCUUUUUGUUUGCAAUGUCAUCACAUCAUUUCUUCUUGGUGUAUGUCAAAACAUUGCA